UUGUAACGUACUUUACGGACCCCGUUUCCCGUUAGCUCAUCAGGCUGCAGUACCCAAGCCUUGACAUUGCGAAGAUGGAGGCUGUUUUAUUUUAGACCAGUGUACACAGAGAGUUCAGACUGCGGGAUACAUUAUCCUGUUAUGACAAGACUUCCAGCCGGUGCAGGUGGAGGAAGGAGCUGUGAGUAGAGUGCUGUAAUCAUCGGUAGCAUGUACUCUGAGUGGCGCUCACUGCAGUUGGUGGUGCAGAGGGACCAGGGCCACCUCAGCGUCCUGCACACCUAUCCCACCAGUGUGGGCACAGAGGUGGCCAAUGCUGUGGUCAAGCCUUUGGGUACUGCUGUGAGCCCAGUCGCCACAGAAAAUAUCCUCAAGACAGACAAGGAGGUGAAGUGGACCAUGGAGGUGCUGUGUUAUGGCCUCACCCUCCCUCUCGAAGGGGACACUGUUAAGUUGUGUGUGGACGUGUACACAGACUGGAUGAUGGCCCUGGUGUCACCCAGGGACUCCAUGCCUCAGCCUGUGGUGAAGGAGCCCAAUAUGUAUGUCCAGACCAUCCUCAAACAUCUUUAUAAUGUGUUUGUACCAAGGCCUGACCAGCACAGCCCCAACCAUAUCAGACUCUGCCAGCAGGUUCUGACUGCAGUGCAAAAACUGGCCAGGGAGUCUGUUUCCAUGGUUCGGGAAACCUGGGAGGUCCUGCUGCUGUUCCUGCUUCGCAUUAAUGACACAUUGCUUGCCCCACCCACUGUUGGAGUUGGUGUGGCAGAAAAACUGGCAGAGAAGUUGAUGGCAGUGCUGUUUGAAGUGUGGCUGCUGGCCUGCGCCCGAUGUUUUCCCACACCACCAUACUGGAAAACAGCGAGAGAGAUGCUUGCCAACUGGAGACACCACCCUCCAGUUGUGGAACAAUGGAGCAGAGUGGCCUGUGCUCUGACUUCUAGACUUUUGCGCUUCACCCACGGACCGUCUUUCCCACCCUUCAAAGUUCCUGACGAGGAUGCCAACCUGAUUCCUUUUGAGAUGGACAAUGACUGUGUUGCCCAGACGUGGUAUCGCUUUCUUCACAUGCUCAGCAACCCAGUCGACCUGAGCAAUCCUGCUAUAGUGAGCACCACUCCCAAGUUUCAGGAACAGUUUUUAAACUCCAGUGGUAUCCCUCACGAAGUAGUGCUGCACCCAUGUUUGAAACAGCUUCCACAGAUUUUCUUCAGGGCAAUGAGGGGUGUCAGCUGCCUCGUGGACGCCUUCUUGGGUGUCUCUGUUGAAAAGAGAGAUGUACGGGAGAGGGUGUUCUCUUUUUCCCCUGUGCUGCUCUCUCAUGGUAUAUCACGUCCUAGAGCUGACAGUGCCCCGCCCACCCCUGUCAACAGAAUGAGCAUGUCUCCGCCUCCCUCCAUAGCCAACACUACCCCUCCACACAGCCGCAAGCAGCGACACGCAGUGGUCACCAAAACCACCAGCAAGAGUUCAACUAGCGGUCAACCAACCAAAGCAUCCCAGCAGCAGCAACAGCAGCAGCAGAUUUCGUCCUCUCCAACCAUGCUGUCUAGUCCAAACCAGAGCAGUUGGGAAUCUCGUCCUCUGCCGGCUCCUGCACGGCCAAAGGUCAACAGCAUCCUCAAUCUGUUUGGCCAGUGGCUAUUUGACGCUGCUCUGGUUCACUGUAAACUCCACAGUGGCCUCAGCAGAGACCCCAGCAUGACUGCCAUAGCCACUCAAGUAAGUCUGGAACUGAGAAGGAAAGGUUCUCAAAUGUCCAAUGACUCCAUGGUGUCUAACCCCAUGUUUGACACCAAUGAGUUCCCAGAGAGCUAUGAGGCGGGUCGUGCAGAGGCCUGUGGGACACUCUGCCGCAUCUUCUGUAGCAAGAAAACUGGCGAAGAGAUUCUGCCUGUGUAUCUUUCUAGGUUCUACAUGGUCCUAAUUCAGGGUCUCCAGAUCUCUGACUUCAUCUGCAGACCAGUUCUGGCUUCUAUCAUUCUCAACUCUUCCUCUCUCUUCUGCACUGACCUGAAGGGAAUCAAUGUUGUUGUGCCCUACUUCAUAGCUGCCUUGGAGACGAUUGUACCUGACAGAGAAUUGUCCAAAUUCAAAAUGUAUGUAAAUCCUACUGAUCUGAGGAGAGCCUCCAUCAACAUCUUGCUCGCAAUGUUGCCAUUGCCACAUCACUUUGGCAACAUCAAAUCAGAGGUUCUUUUGGAGGGAAAGUUCAAUGAGGAGGAUGGGUGGCCACAUGACCAGCCAGUGCCUUUUCUAUCCCUACGUCUACGUCUUGUCAAUGUCCUGAUAGGAGCCUUGCAGACAGAGACUGACCCCACCAACACUCAGCUCAUCCUAGGUGCAAUGCUCAAUAUAGUCCAAGACUCAGCGCUGCUGGAGUCCAUAGGUGCACAGACUGAAACAGGGAGUAUAGAUGGGAGCCACAUAACUGUGAGGAGCCAGAGCCACAGUCGCACCAACAGUGGAAUUAGUUUCACCAGUGGGGGCAGCACAGAGGCGACCAGUCCUGACACUGAACGUCCUGCCCAAGCACUUCUUCGAGACUAUGCUCUUCCAGAUACGGCGGCAGGCCUGCUGGUACGCAGCAUACACCUUGUCACUCAGAGGCUCAACUCUCAGUGGAAGCAAGACAUGAGCAUUUCACUGGCUGCCCUGGAACUCCUGGCUGGCCUGGCCAAGGUAAAGGUGGGAGUAGACUCUGCAGAUCGUAAGCGUGCUGUCAGCUCCAUAUGUAGGUACAUUGUUUACCAGUGUAGCCGCCCUGCUCCUCUUCAGUCCAGAGACCUGCACUCUAUGAUCGUUGCUGCCUUCCAGUUUCUGUGCGUGUGGCUCACAGAACACCCUGACAUGCUGGAUGAGAAAGAUUGUUUGGUGGAGGUGUUGGAAAUAGUAGAGCUUGGCAUCUCCGGUAGCAAAUCCCGACAAGAGCAGGAGGUUCGACACAAAGGAGAAAAGGAGCAUAAUCCAGCUUCCAUGAGGGUGAAGGAUGCUGCUGAGGCCACACUGUCCUGUAUCAUGCAGGUGUUGGGGGCCUUCCCCUCUCCCAGUGGACCUGCCUCCACCUGCAGCUUACUGAAUGAAGACACCCUAAUACGCUAUGCCAGACUGAGUGCUACAGGAGCUAGCAACUUCCGUUACUUUGUGUUGGACAACUCUGUCAUCCUUGCCAUGCUGGAGCAACCUCUGGGAAAUGAACAGAAUCCCAGUCCAUCAGUAACAGUUUUGAUCCGAGGUACAGCUGGCAGACAUGCCUGGACCAUGCAGCUUUUCCACCAACCCAGAGGAGCUCGAGCCAAUCAGAGGCAGGUGUUUGUUCCUGAGGGACGUCCAAUACCUAACAAUGACGUAGGAAUAAAAUACAAUGUCAAGCAGAGGCCUUUCCCUGAAGAGGUGGAUAAGAUUCCUCUGGUCAAAGCUGAUGUCAGUAUUCCUGACCUGGAUGACAUUGUCAGUAAAGAGGCCUAUUGUUUGGGCUGGCAGGAUGAUUCAAGAGCCACUCAUACACUGAUGAGCAAUUUCCCUCACUUGGAAAUUCAACAUGACAGGCUUCGAAUUCUCAUGACCAAACAAAUAGAGUAUGAGAAUGCUCUGGAGCGGCACAGUGAUGAAAUCUGGAAGUCCAAGCCUUUCCCUGAUCCGCACACGGACUGUAAACCUCCUCCACCAUCACAGGAAUUCCAGACGGCACGCCUUUUCCUCUCACACUUUGGCUUUUUGUCUCUGGAGGCACUCAAGGAGCCCAACAACAGUCGCUUACCUCCACAUCUGAUUGGUCUGGAGUCAUCGUUGCCAGGGUUUUUUGAUGACAUCAGUUAUCUCGACCUGCUUCCCUGUCGACCAUUUGACACCGUCUUUAUUUUCUACGUAAGAGCUGGACAAAAAAACAGCCACGAGAUUCUAAAAAAUGUGGAGUCAUCUACCAGUGUCCAGCUCCACUUUUUAGAGUUCCUGCUGUCCUUAGGCUGGCCUGUGGAUGUGGGACGUCACCCAGGUUGGACGGGACACAUAGACACUAGUUGGUCCCUGAACUCUCGCUCUGACAGCAAUGACAUACAACAAACAGAAGAGGCAGCUACACCUGAGGACACAGGAGGUUCAGUGUUCAACGGGGAAAAGAAAGUUUUGUACUAUGCCGAUGCUCUGACAGAGAUUGCCUUUGUUGUUCCGUCGUUAACAGAGAACUCAGAGGAGUCAUCAGUGCACAGUGACUCCACUGUGGAGGCAGACACCAACACAGACAUCUUGCCUGGUUUACCAAAACAACCCAACCUCACUCUAGAACUGUUUCCCAAUCAUUCUGAAAACUUGGAGUCUGUUAAGAAGUUGAGUCCUCUGGUGAAGACAAAGCGUUCAUCAACUGGAAAGUCUUUCCCCCCACUGGGUCCUGAGACAAAGGUGUUUGUGGUUUGGGUGGAGUGCUUUGAUGAUAUUGAAAACUUUCCGUUGUCUGAUCUCUUGGCGGAAACGAGCACAGGCUUGGAGGCUAGUAUGAGCAACAGCACUUCCUGCAGGUCAGGGUUACUAGAGAAGGACAUUCCUCUGAUCUUCAUCCACCCUCUGAAGACGGGACUAUUCAGGAUCCGACUGCAUGGAGCUGUGGGCAAAUUUGGCAUGGUGAUACCACUGGUGGACGGCAUGGUGGUCAGCCGCAGAGCUCUAGGUUUUCUUGUGCGUCAAACUGUCAUAAACGUUUGCCGACGAAAGCGUCUGGAAAGUGACUUGUACAACCCGCCUCACGUCAGGCGGAAGCAGAAAAUAACUGAGAUUGUCCAGCGUUACCGCAACAAGCAGCUGGAGCCCGAGUUUUACACCUCACUCUUCCAUGAGGUGGGGGAGGGAAAGCCUCACCUCUAAUCACCCUGACCUGUCCUGACACUGGCACACAUACACACCCAUAAACACACACACAUAAACAUGUGUAACACACACUCACUUCCUCAGACACACACACACACACACACACACAGAAUCUUUAUAUUUAUACUGUACUAUUUUGUUAUUUAUAUGAAUACAUAUAUCUACACUGUCUGCCUUUGACUCUGAGAGCAAAGUGUCAAAAACAAUGCCAAGGUGGGAAAGCUACAUUUCUGUGUCGCAGCCACUUGUGGAACGUCUGAAUGGCCAAAGUUCAACAGCGACUGUCUCUAUUCUACACACACUCCCCUCUCUCUCUCUCUCUCUCCCUCCCUCCCUCCCUCCCUCCUUCUCCUUUACGUCCAUGCUUGUCUAGAAUCUCUGCUCGUCUUUAAUGGCAAUACAGUAGUUACACUGUUGGCCUUUCUCAACUUGUACAAAAUUUCUUCUUCACACCGUGUGAUGCGACUGAAACAAUUUGAUAACAGAGUUGUGUCCAAAAAGAAAAUUUCAGACCGUUUUUUCUGUUUUUCUUGCUAAAUCUUUGCCAAGGAGAUAAAACAUGCAGGCAUCCAAUAAUAUAAUAUAUACAGUAUAGUGCUGCUGCUUGACAACACGUUACUCAAAACAGAAGAAAGAAGUGACUGCGAGCAUUCGUGCAUUGUCUAAUUUGACAACACUUGUCAACACCCAAACAUCUGCUAAAGUCUUCCUGAUCUAAACACAUUCAGCCUCUGCAGCAGCUAUCAGAGUUUUAACUACAGAUAAUUUGUAGAAGAAUCUGAACCAUCUCUGUGUCAGUCUGGAAGUAUUUCACUCUCACAGCAGCCUCUGCUCUCUCUGUGAACGUGUGUGCAUUUGCUCCUUAAAGAUAUAGACCUUUACUCUACAAAAAGUCAACAGAGGCCAAACCUCAUCUGAUUUAAAACAAAAACUACUUUCUUUUUCACCAAAACCUCAAUAAGGGUCACAGAAGGAAGGAAGAGCCAAACCAAAAAAAAAAAACCCAGAUUUUUUCAUAUCUGUAUAUAUAAAUGUCACUGUCCCAUAAGCUGUUUAUAGAAAAUGGAAAGAGACAUUUUUAGAAGUCAGAACAGACUGUUACUGUUCAUUGCUUUUGGAAGUAACUCUAUUGUUAUGCAAGUGAAAUGCAAAAAACAAGGAAACAUUUUACACAAAAGUACCAUGCAAAUGAAUGCCUAUAUAUUAUGUUGGAGCAGCAGUUGGGUCUAAUAGCACUGCUGCUGCAACAAUUAUGGGCCACAGUGAGAUGGGAGAAAAGUGACCAAAAAUGCGUCCUUUGUGUUCCCUGACCCAAAGACUAAGGUAUUGGACAUUUGACUGUCUUCCACUUCUUGAUACUAACAAGGAAAUAUUUCAGACUGGAGAAAUAACAAAUGGAACUCACAGAUGUACAGAGCCUUUUGACAUCGCCUGUAAUCAGCCUCUGACUAAAUCAUCACGUUGUGCUUCAAUAUUCUACUUUCUGUUAAGUAUAAUCUUCUAAACAGAUUUGGUCUACUGUUGAAAAAGAAAAUUAAACCAAUGUUAUUAUCAUUUCCUCAUAGAAUUCCUACAAAGCUGCUUGUAAAACCAUUGGAUUGCCUGUUUUUCUCUAACUUCCUCCUAAAAUGAAAACACGCAAGAAGACUGCUCUGUCCAUUUUUUAUAUAAAGUCCAAAUCAAAGACAAAGAUCUACAACUGGUUUCAAAUGAAAGGUAGAAAAAUCAGGAAUCCUGUGCUAGUGUUUGUACACACAAACCAUGGCAUCACAUCAAACGUGCACAUCCUCAAUACUAUUUGUCUUCAAAUUUAAUUUGCGAACAACAUCAGUUCUGCAAAUAUAGACUACAGCUCAUUUUGUACUUCCUCCCACAUGGCACACCUUCAUUACUGCCACCUACUGGGUUUUUUCAGCUGUUUCUUUUUUUUUUUUACCAACAGAGGGUUGUGUGGCUGAGGACAAGCACCUCAUAUAGUUUCCAAUAGGUUUCCACUCUCCCAUUAAAAUGUUGUAUUGUUUAAUUUCUUUCAUAGUAAUACUUAAAUGUUCUGUAAUACUUGCUAUUUUAUUGAAAAAAGUGUAGUGGACCUGAUCACAUUGAUUGUGCAGAGAGGAUACACUGCCUCAUGCUGUCAGACUAAUUCUAAUGAUGAUUCCACCAGCACCACAUUAGCUGGACGUCUCAUUAAAACUGUAUUAAAGGCAGUCAUGUCACGUCGACCUUCAGUUUUCUGCUGAUACUAAACAUCACUGUGGCCCAGGUGAAGCAUCUUCUGCUCAUCACCAGCAAAUUUGACAGUGAUAGAUUUCAGAAGCCAAAAUAAUCACCGUAGCAAACAGCUGUGAUUUUAUUAUACAUUUAACAAGGAACAUUUAACAUGCAAUUAUGUUUCAGUUACACAAAUGCUCAUUUGCCUUCACAAUUGUUUUAUGCUUCACACCUUCUCUCACUGUGCGUUGUUUUCCAUUCAUUCCCUGUCACUGUCUGCCCGUAACAAUGUGAAUUUAUUUAUCACAAAGAUGGAAUAGGGCAAAAAAAAAAACACCUCUGAUUUCCUUUGUUUAUAUUAGAAAGUCUUAAUGCACUGAGCACAUUUUCGUUUGUUUUCUAUUCCCUGUGGCUACCUUAACAUGUCUUUUUGUACUUUUUGAGCAUUUUGAAAGAAAAAAAACCCUGCUGAAGGAAUGAAGAGUUUUAUCUUGUGAAAUAUGAAUGAAGAAAAAAGGGCGAUGGCAGGUUUUUAACCUGUCAUGUUUAAAAAUGUGUGACUCACUUUUUAUGAGCGUGCUUUAUAUGCACAUGCCUUUUUGGAAGGAAAAAAAAGUACAUUGAUUUUGCUUCUAAAAGAAACUGCAUACAAUCAGUCCUACAUUGUAUCCUAAUGUUACUCCUCUGAUGUUUGAUCCUAUUUAAAGUGUUUGCCGUGUACAGAAGCAGAGGAUCCUGUGUAAAUAUGUGAUAGUUGCUCUCAUCCUGGGAUGGCAAGAAAAGCUGUAUGUAUGCAAUUCUGUGUGGGAGGAAGAUGAUUGAUUUUGAAUGUAACAUGCAUCAAUUAAAACUAUUAUUGACCUUGUAAUUAUUUUCCCCCAUUUCCUAAUACAUGACUUUUUUGUUCAGGAUUUCUAUGGGUAAUAAAAUGAUAUUACAGUUU